GGCGUCAAACAGGAACAACACGUCUUCCUCAACUCCCAACCUCUUCAAAUCAAUAGUCACCGUUUCUACAUCCUGCGCAGCUCCCACGCAUCACGGCAUUUCUCAUAGAAUUCGAUACAACCAGCAUGGAUUACUCUUCCAGCUUUAACCCUCUCUUUAAUUCAGCCACCACCGCCAAUAACUCGACAUUCGCAAACUCCGCUUUCGACGCCUCAGUCACGGUCCCGGAUUUCACCAAAGAGAAAAAGUUCACAGAGUGGCACAAAAAGCAAGGGAUUCCGGCUCCUCAGGAUUACCCGUCCUUUGCCAAUCAGCCAGCGCCCUUUUCUUCUCUACGGCAAAACCCGAAUGUACCGACCGCUGCCUCUUCAUAUAUCCAUAAAGUUUCCACCCUGCAGCCUGCGACCGAUGCAAGAGCCUCUCUGGUAUGCUCCUUCCCUCUCUGAUUCUAUAUCUCUGUACCAAACUAAUGGUUUACCCGCAUAGCUCGAAGCGGACGCGCACGGUGGUCUUAAUGAACCUUUGGAAGGAAGGAGAAAGCCAACGUAUGUUACUAACAGCCGACAUUUCAAGACCAACACUGACACAGUUCAUAGACUCAAAAAGACACUAUCGUCAUCUCCUCCAGGCUCCCCCAGUGGUCACUGGCCCAGAAACACCUUUGGAUCUCGCCCGUAAGUUUGCUUUGCUUCCUGCCCCCUUUGACCUAGGCUCACUGUUCAGAAUAAGUCGAACCCGCAACCGUUCAUCGUCCAUGACGGAUGACCAACCUCUUCAUGCUGCUGAUACAAAUGUGCCGCCUUUACUCUCAAUAUACGAUUCUAUGCCUUUCGAUCCCGCUCCGUUGGAGUCAAAGCCUGCCGAUGCUACAUUCACUCCAACACAAGUUCGAGUCGCAAACUUUUCUGAAGAUAGGUUUCCGGACCUUAUUCGUUCGUUGCGCCGAUACUACGGCGUUAUACUGGAACCGUAUUCUGGACUCCCGGCAAACGAGAGCAAGUUUCAUGAUCCUGACAUUGUUCCGCGUGAACAGUUGGACGCGAAGACAUUACGGAAGGCACAACCUCUUGCAGGUGCGGACGGAGGCCCUGGGCAUUGGGUCAGAAUUACCUUUGGCGAACGCGAAGCUGCAGAGCGCGCUGUCGCAGGGUCAGCAAAAGGUGAAUUGGUGAUUGGUGGAAGGACAAUCAUUAUCACCUUCUGGACUGAGGAUCCGAUCAUUGACAACCCCUUACCCUAUACAUCCUCUCAGAUGGAUAUCGAUCCUCCUCCCACACCGCUUAGACGAAGCAGUUCUCAGGCCUUAGCUUCACCGCGAUCCUUGAGGAGGUUGCCCACAGGUUUUGAGGAGCCCGCCCCAGGUGGUGGUGAAGGAGGUAAUGUCUACUCGGAGCACAUGCCUGGGGCCAAAAUCAUUGUACCGAAACCUGUAGAAUUCGCAAAGAGCGAAGGUUGGUUCAGUGGAUUGGCAGGCUCGCUCGUGAGCGGGCCGAAGGCAGUAGUUGCUGGGGGGCAGAGAAGCGGGGGUGGAUGGAGUCUCCCCAGUGUGUAUGGAUACGUGAUGGAUGAUCUCGUAGGGCUAAAGAGAUUGUAG